GCUGUGUCCAUGUGUGUUCUCCAUGGAUAAGAGUGUGGUGAGGUUCAGCCACUGCAACAAGGAUAUCUUUUGUUUCUUCGUGCCGGAGGAAUGCCCCGAGUGUGGGCUCAGCUUCAGCGGCCGGAGGCUGGAGGAGGCACCCGUUAGCAUACCUGACCCUUUCUGCAAUGGACACACAUCUCCAUGCUCCUUCCUGGUGGCUCCAACAGAUGAAAACAAACUCAGAGAUUUUGAUGGAGGAUUUGAUCUUCAUACAGGCAUCACCAACACUAAGGGUGUGGUGUUUAACUAUACCAAAGUCGGAGUGCGCAGAGAUUACCAGGGCUGGGAGAGAUGCAUCAGCAUUCCUCUGGUCCAGCCUGACAUGUACAACCUCAUAGACCAGUGGGAUCAGUACCUGGAGAAGUUCUCCACUGCCCAGAUGUGGGACCCGGUCUGGCAAAGCUUUAAUGAGGAGACCCACAACUGCUACAACUACACACUCAUGUUCAUAAACUGUGUGUUAGCAACUCAGGGCAAACGUGCCCUCAGCAAAGAUGAGUUCACAAAGAGUUUUGUGCUUCCUCGGAUAAAGCGGGCAUCCAAAUACACCACCCUCUGCAGAGAGAUCUCCCAGAACCACUUCUAUAUCGUGGACAGUCCUCAGAAGAAGACCAGUGAGACAGAUGCAGAUUGCAAGACUUAAUAUUGGGAGGACUGUUAUUGGGCACUCCAUGCUGCUUUUAUAAUGCCAUUUAUGAACUUGACCCCAUCAGGACCAUAAUGUUACAACCAGACUGACCAAGUGUGGAGUACAUGUUUAUCUGUGCCUAUCCAUAUACAAUAACUGGUUCAUUAUAUCUGAAUCCAAUGACAUAGACUCUUACUGUAGUGUUACAGACCUAUUGGU